CUUUCUUUCUCUCUCUCUCUCUCUCUCUCUCUCUCUCUCUCUCUCUCUCUAUCUCUCUCUCUCUCUCUCUCUCUCUCUCUCUCUCUCUCUCUCUCUCUCUCUCUCUCUCUCUCUCUCUCUCUCUCUCUCUCUGUCUUUGUCUACGGCAUCCCUCCGCCCCGAAGAAGGAGAAGGAGACGGGUUGCGGGCUGUACCUGACACUCGCAGCCGCGCGUCGUUGUCUCUCGUCCGCAAAAAUACAGCAGGCUUCCAGCCCGGUCUGUAUCCUGCUUAUCCCUCUCAUAGUUCCUCUAUCGGACCCGUCGCUGGUUGAAACGACCGCCACACUCCUAUGGUGCCCGAUACGACAAGAACGAUUCGAAGAACUCCCGAUACGUCCUAAAAUGCAGUUUUUACCGGCCGGAUAUUUUUGGACUACGCUUGUGAAGAUGCUUGUCCCGGCGCUCUCUCUGCUGCCGGGUCUGAGCGGGGCAGCUGGGCCUGCACCGGACAGGAGCUGCGCCGACUUGCGGCAGUUCUACACUGGGAAGGGCUUCACGCUGGUCGGAGUACCUCAAACGGAGACCUCAGGUGAACAUCUGAGGACCUGUCCCCAGGGUCCAACCUGUUGUACGAAUAGCAUGGAGGAAAACCUUGAGGAUUUAAGUGCACGAGAGACAGAGGCGCUGAUCAAGGAGGCCGGCAGGUCACUGCAGGCUGCCUUCAACACCCUCCAUAGAAGCUUUGACACCUAUUUCACUGAACUUCACAGUCGGUCUGAACGCUCCCUCCAGGAGGCGCUAUCUCCCCUCGGUGCCCUGUACUCCCAAAAUACAAGACUCUAUGGUGAUUUGUACUCCGACCUGAAACAGUACUACCGCGGCUCUGCUCUUAACUUGGAUGAGACCUUGAGUGAAUUCUGGUCGCGCCUUCUGGAACGUACCUUUAAAAGCUUCACCCCCAGUAAUGUCACAUUGUCCGAGGACUACCUCGAGUGUGUUGCUAAGCAACAAGAGACCUUGCGACCAUUCGGCGACGUCCCCCGAGAUAUGAAAGCAAAGGUUAUACGAGCUUUUGUCACAGCCAGGUCAUUUGUCCAAGGGCUGAUCAUCAGUGGCGAGGUUGUCAGAAAGGUAUCACAGGUCCCUCUGAGUCCAGAAUGUGUUAAAGCCUUGGUGAAACUGGUUUACUGCCCGCACUGCCAUGGCCUUGCCUCCGUCAAACCCUGUACCAACUACUGCUCCAAUGUUGUGAAGGGCUGCCUGGCAAACCAAGCCGAUCUGAACCCUGAAUGGCAGAAUCUUAUCGAUACCAUGAUCCAAGUGGCAUCGAGUUUCAGCACAGAGCCCAGUAUUGAUGUGGUUGUGUCAUCCAUCCCUUCUCUGAUCUUUGAGGCUGUCCGCUUGCUCAAGGAAAACGUUGAGACCGUCUCAGCCAAAGUGUAUCAAACAUGCGGCACUCCAGUUGAGCCAGGCACGGGAAGUCCAAUGCUUUUCGAGCCAAAGAAAAAAAAGAGCGGCUCUCUGACUGCUUCAGAAUACAAACCCUCUCCUACUGCAGGCCUAAGACUCGAGAUACAGGUGUCAGAUCUCUCCAGUAAAUUAAGGGAAAUGAGGCAAUAUUGGCUCCAGCUCUCCAUAGCACUUUGCAGCAAAUUGGCAGCAGGUGGCGCCAACAAAGAUACAUGCUGGAACGGCAUUACCAAUGCCAGAUACCUUCCUGAGGUGAUGGGGGAUGGCUUGGCCAAUCAGAUCAACAAUCCAGAGGUGGAGCUUGACAUCACCAAACCAGAUAUGACGAUCCGGCAACAAAUCAUGCAACUCAAAAUUAUGAGCAACAGGCUAAAAAAUGCCAUGGAUGGGAAUGAUGUGGAUUUCCAGGACGCAAGUGAUGACAUCAGCGGCUCGGGAAGUGGGAUGUGCCUCAGCGGUCAGUGUAGUCGAAGCAGGCCAGGACUGUACAGCUACCCUCAAGACGUCAACCAAGUCAGAAGCGUGGCCACAUGUCAGAGCCGCCCAUGUAGCCUCUUAGCGCUGCUCCUGCUGGCUCUCUUGCUACUUCUUUGUUAAUGAUGCUCUUUCGUCUGCCAGAUUCUGAAGUCCAGUGAAGGACGUUCUCAUCGCACGGGAGCUGGAGUUCAGAAGAGAGAAUAUUGGAUUACAAUUGGAUUAAUUUUGCCAAACGUUAUGGGAAAAUGUCCGUGAAGAGGAACAAAAACUGACAGUCACAACAGUCCCGGUUUGGCUUUGCUGUGUUGUACUAUACUUUGAUUGCGUUUGUUGAGCUGGUUUCAAUGAAUUUCACGGAAGACGAUGAUGAGGAAAAGAAGACAAAAUGUUAGGGAAGAUGAGUGAUGCUGAAAAGUCAACAAAAUGUUUAUAACGAUCGGUUGAUGUACUACAUAGUGCAUUGUGGUCCCUCACCUCCAGGGAUUGAGCUCAGUGACAAAUGCGGUGGUGUCUUCAAAGCUUUUUUUAUUGAAUUUUAUUUUGUGUGUGUGUGUGUGUUUUAAUCUCAUGUUGAAGGUGUGUACCUAAACAGCACAGUGUAAAAAACGAAUGUAUAUAUGCAUAGCCAGUGUGCAUCAUGUUCUCAUCUGAUGGAAACAAGACUGGCAUGUAGUGAGCCAUGGAUGGACAUUUAUAGGUCAAAACGCUAUUGGGAAUGAAUCCGUUAUAACCUGUGACACAUCACAGGUUAUAACGGAUGUCAAGCUUUUGUGGUGUGAGUUGGCUAUAACAAAUAUUUGGUAGGAUUUGUAUGGCCUGCGGAACAAUGAUCACCCCUCCUUCAAUGUUGUGAUUGCAAAUGUUGCUGUUCUCAUCACCAUUGAAAUAAGCGGUCGUCUCCGAACCUUAGAUGCAAAGCUCAGACUCAAAAUUUCCUGAAAUGCAUGAUUUGAUUUCGCUGUUAUUAUUAAAAAAAAGUCAAUUAUUCUGCCACAUUUGUUCGCCACACUGAGCGCAUGUCACAACACAUACUUUUAAGAGGGGACUUUUGAUGGAAUGCAUGCCUGCCUGACUCCACUGAUCCACGUGACGUUACAACAACACAUCAGAUAUUAGCAUUUCUUCAAACAAAACAAAACACAAAACAAAACUUAUUGAUUAGCUGUACUUAUUUGAUGACGUUCCAUAGUCGUAACUGUAUGGUUGAGCAGAACCACAGCACCGUGAGGUGGGUGGGGGCCUCGCAUUGUUUAUACGAUCAACGAUGAAGAGUUCAGACUGGAUAAACUAGCUCAUAAAUUAGCUCAUUAUAAUAAUUGUUGGAAGAUACCCAUAAUGCACAGCGAGGUAAAAUGCAGAAUUCACUCAGAAGGACCAAAUAAAAAAAGCUAACAACUAAAAGUAAAGUAACAUUUUCUGAACAUGUUUGUAGGAAGUUCAAUCAUCAAAAAUCUGCAUUUUUUUUCCCUACAAAUUGGCCUUAUUGUUGUAUGCGGUACUGUUUUUGCGAAAAACAAACACAAAACCUAUACUGCAUUUGUGUUUGUCUUCAGAAUCACAAUUUAAUGUUUUUUAUGAUUGCCUUUAUUUCAAGCUUCAUGUUUGCUCAAAUAUACAGUAGGCGACAUAGAAAUGGACAAUUGACAGGGCUGUGUCUAACUUUUGUUUUUAUUAUUAUUCAUAUUUUUUUCUUAAAUCCGCUUAUCAAAUCACCUAGAAUUCCAAUUACUAUAAUUUCAUUGUUCCAGUAAAUUUUGUCAGGACAAUUUAAACUUGCGUGUUAUUACAGUAAUAUGUGAUGUGUUAAAUGCAACAAGUCGUACAUGAGAUAAGUGAAUAAUGAGUAGGUCUGGAAUAUUUCACUCGGCAGCAUUCAUGUUUCAUUUAUUUUGCAAUGACGCCUGAGCAGACUUAGUCCUAUUCUAAAAGUAUGAGCAUGCAUCUUUUUCUGUCAUCUAAAGGUUAAUAUAGGGUGUGAACGCUGUGGCAGCUCACUAUUGUUUAAAUAUAUAUAUAUAUAUAUAUAUAUAUAAUUAUUUUUUAUUGUGUGGACUGUUUGUUUGACCUUUUUGACCUUGAUCACAGCUCAAUUAAUAUUUGGCAUUUUUCAGCCUCUGUUACUCUCAGUGGCAAUUGAGCAUUUGUCACAAAUUUGUCAAUGUUUUUUUUUAAUACAUAUAAGUGUUGAUAGGAGGUACUGUAUAAAAGAGGGAAACACACUCAUCAUAAAAAUGAAAUACUUUGCUCACUGCAUGUCAAACAGAUGGAUUGUCAUACAUGCAGUAAAAUAUAACGUGGUCGUGGGAAUGCUGGAGGAGGUCAUGUGUGCGAGCUGUACUGUUUGGCAGCUCUUUCCUUUUUGACGCAUGAUGCCCAAAUUGUAUCAGAGAGGAUUUAUUGUAUGUUAAUGUCAGGGAUUUCAUUUUUUAUUUUGCAAAUGUUUUUAAUUUUUUUUUAUUUAGGGUUUUUUUUUUUGAGCCACUGGUUGGACAAUAAAAUGUAUGCCCUAAGA